ACCGGAGUGACAGAUUAGAUUUAGCAGCCCAUAUAUACGGCCAAACACAUCCAGCCCUGCCGUCGCGUCACACUUGCUCCGGCGACGCUCAAUCUUUGCAAUUCCGAUCAGUAACUGUUUCUCGGUAACCUUUUUUCUGUAGGAAGGGGACCCAAUGGCUUACUCUUCAUCUGUUCAAUUGGUAUUAAAUUGCUAUCCAUAUAAAGACUUAGUGGGCAAGUGCUCUAAAAAUUCAAUUCAGGUUCUAUAAAUGCUCUUCAAACUACACAAUGUUUUAUGCAGAUGCUAUUCGACAAUGCCUUGUGUUUGAUAAAAGAAAAAGCCCAUGUCCACCUCAGCAGAUUCUUCAUACGGAUGAAAUGUUUACUUGCAAACCUAACCAUUAUAGUAAACUGCACAACCGGUUUAACGUUUUGAGAUCCGUCGUAGUUAGAUCAGAAAUUGCCGGAGCCGGAUCCCCUGCAGCUGCCUAUCAACUUCCAGAAUUUCAGUUGACCUCAAAAGUCAGAGGGGUUUGCUUUUAUGCUGUUACAUCCAUCGUUGCCAUAUUUUUAUUUGUGUUGAUGGUGAUCGGGCAUCCGUUUGUGCUCCUACGAGAUCGGUACCAAAGGAGCUUUCAUCAUCUGAUAGCCAAAAUUUGGGCUUCGAUGACUGUUUUUCCGUUUUUUAAAAUAAAGAUCGAGGGUUUUGAGAAUCUACCUCCGAAGAAUAGUCCAGCCGUGUACGUGGCCAAUCAUCAGAGCUUUUUAGAUAUAUAUGCACUUCUGACACUUGGUAGAAACCUUAAGUUCAUCAGCAAGACUGCGAUUUUUCUCUUCCCGAUUGUUGGGUGGGCAAUGUUCUUAAUGGGCGUUAUUCCUCUUAAGCGUAUGGACAGUAGGAGCCAAUUGCAAACUCUAAAAAGAUGCAUGGAGAUUGUGAAGAAUGGUGGAUCUGUUUUCUUCUUUCCAGAGGGUACACGGAGUAAGGAUGGACGUCUGGGGAAUUUCAAGAAAGGUGCAUUCAGCAUUGCUGCCAAAACAGGAGUACCUGUGGUUCCCAUAACUCUUGUUGGAACAGGCAAGAUAAUGCCGGCUGGAAUGGAGGGUAUACUAAACCCUGGGUCAGUGAAGAUUAUAAUCCACCAGCCAGUACAAGGUGAUAAUCCUGACACACUGUGCAAUGAGGCCGUUGAUGUAAUUUCGAAUGAGCUUAUUUGCCAAGGUUGAAGGGAUACCUCGAGAAAUUUUGUUCGAUUCGCCUUUUAAUUUUGAAUGUUUGCUUGACUUUGAGGGUACUGUUCAAGAGGUACGGUAGCUUGUUUCGAUGCAUCCCCCUUUAGUUUUCGUUUGUUUAUGACCUCUGAUAGACCUAUGUAUGCUAGUUAAACAAUAUUCGAGCUUAUUUUAAGCUAGGAAGAGCAUAUUAAAGGUUCCUUAUAUGUCGAAGCUCUUUUUGUGUAAAACUUGUAUUACAUAUGUAUUUCAUAGAUGUUAGGAUUUAAUGCUCUUUUUGCUCUA